GAGAGAGAAAGAAAGAAAAAACAAGAGAGAAGAUGGGUGAUAACUUGGAAAUCCGGAUCGAGCAGGGAUUCGCGCUCAAUCCGACCCCGGAGAAGCUGAUCAAAGGCUACCUGAUUCCAUGGGUGACGGGGCAGAAUCCGACAUGGAACGGCGUCGUUGAGAAGGACAUCUACGGCGACAGCUCCCCGUGGGAGAUUUUCAGCGACAUCGAGUCGCUUUACCACUCGAAGAUGGAGGAAAAGGGCGCCAUCAAGUACACCAUCUUCGCCUUCACUACGCUGGUAAGGGCUCGAAAUUCCAAGAGGGUUUCAAGAAAGGCCGGGAAGGGCACGUGGGAUGGCCAGACUGGCCCCAUGAAGAUUGAAGACUCCAACACCGGUUUUAUCAUCGGUCAAUCCAAGAUGUUCACGUUCGGGAACUCAGGCGAGGCGGACGUCGGCCAUUGGAUUAUGCAUGAAUAUUCUCUUAGUAAGGAGUUGGUUAUGAAGAGCGGCCGAGCAAACGCCGCCAAUCUCGUCGUCUGUAAGAUCACUAAAACUGUCGAGAAGAAGGGCGAAUCCCUUCACAACACAAAUCAGGGAUUUUUUAACGGUGAUUAUCAAGUCCAAUGUGCGCAACCAGAAUUGUACGACGAUGGUUCAAAUUAUGAAAGAUUCGCACCGGCCACAAGUGAGGGAUUUUCAUCGGAAUAUAUAGGCAACAACGGCGAUUAUCAAGUCCAGGCUGCGCAACCAGAAUCGUAUGACGAUGGUUCAGACUAUGCAAUAUUUGUGCCUAACAUAAAUGAGUCACCCGCGGGGAUCGGUUACCGUGACCGUUAUGAUGCUCCUGCUGCGCAACCAGAGCCGAAUGUUGACGGUUCGAAUCAUAUGAGACUUGCGCCAGACACAACUGAGUCACCGGCGGCGAUUGGUUACAAUGACCGUAAUGAUGCAAUGGCUGCGCAACCAAAGUCGAAUGGCGAGAGUUGCAAUCUUGUGAGAUUCGCGCCGGAAACAAAUGAGGGAUUUUUUAACGGUGAUUAUCAAGUCCAAUGUGCGCAACCAGAAUCGUACGGCGAUGGUUCAAAUUAUGAAAGAUUCACGCCGGACACAAAUGUGGGAUUUUCAUCGGAAUAUAUAGGCAACACCGCAGAUCAUCUAGUCCAGGCUGCGCAACCAGAAUCGUACGGUGAUGGUUCAUAUUAUGCGAGAUGUGCACCGGACACAAACGAGUCACCCACGGAGAUCGGUUACCAUGCUCCGGCUGUGCAACCACAUACGUAUAUCGAUGAUUCGAAUCAUGGAUUUCCAUUGGAAAAUAGAAGAAAUGAUGGCGGUUAUCAAGCUUCGGCUGCCCAACUAGAGUCGUACGGCAACACCUCAAGUUACAUGAGACUUGCGCCCGACACAAAUGAGGGAUUCUUACCGGCAAAUAUAGGCCACGACGGCCGUCUGCCUGCGCUACCAGAGUCGUACGGAGACAAUUCCAUUUAUGCGACAAAUGUGCCGAACACAAAUGAGUUUUUGUUACCGGCAUACGAUGUUCCAAUUGUGCAACCCGGUGUUGUUUCGACUGUGCAGCAAUCCGGUGCGCCGCUACAGCCGGACGCAUAUAAGUUGACGUUUCCGGCAAAUGAAGUUCAAUUCGCAAACCCCGGCAUUGUUUCGAUUUCGGAGCCGUACUACGGUGGUUAUGAAGUUCCAGUUUUUCAACCGGAGAUGAGUUAUCCGAGGAUUAGCGAUGGUUCGCUUUCUUCGAUUGUUCAGCCGUACUGCGGAGGUUACGAAGCUCCGGUUCCGGUUCUGGCUUCCCCGAUGAAGAGGGCGGCGGAGGUCGAUCUUCUUCGAAAUGGACAAGAUUUGAAAAGACAGAAAUGCGAUGGUUAUGAAGCCGGUGAACCGACGCCUUUGAGUUUUGAUGGCCUUGACUUCGACUUCAACUUACAUCCGGGUCCUGCUAUUUAGUUUUAAUUAAAGCAUUCGCACUGAAAAACAAUUAUGUAAUACGUGUAACUGUAGACCAGAA